AUGUCGUCGGCGAACGGUGACCAGCAGCCCGUGAGGCUGUCGCUACCACUGAAAUACCAGCAAGAACUCUUCCAGGAGCUGCGACAAAAGGAUGAGCUUGUCAUCCUUGCGCGUGGUCUUGGUCUCCUUCGACUCGUUACCAACCUCCUCCACUCCUACGAUGCCGCGGGGAACCAUCUUAUACUAGUGAUCGGAGCAGAAGAGAGGGAGAAUGGCUGGAUUGGAGAAUCCCUGGCGGAGCACGCUGCUAUCAGCAUGUCUCCGAAGGCGAGAGGUCUUAACGUAGUCAACACGGAUGUCAUGAGCGUAGGAACGAGAGAGAAAAUGUAUGCACAGGGAGGAAUCUUCAGCAUCACAUCCAGAAUUCUUGUCGUCGACCUCUUGACCAACUUGCUGAACCCCGAAACCAUUACGGGGCUUGUGGUACUACAUGCGGACCGAAUAGUUGCUACGUCCCUGGAGGCUUUCAUUCUUCGGAUCUAUAGGCAGAAGAACAAAGUUGGGUUCCUCAAGGCGUUCUCAGAUAACCCGGAGCCCUUCACCACCGGAUUCGCGCCACUUUCGACCAUGAUGCGGAAUCUAUUUCUACGAAAUGUAUCGCUGUGGCCACGCUUCCAGGUUCUUGUGGCCCAGUCCCUGGAAGGAAAGAAGAAGGCAGAAGUUAUUGAACUUGAAGUUCCAAUGUCUGACUCCAUGCGAGAUAUCCAGAAUGCUAUUAUGGAAUGUGUUGAAGUCAGUAUUGGGGAGCUGAAGAAGGCCAACUCGGGCCUGGAUAUGGAAGACUGGAACGUUGAUAGCGCCCUUCACAAGCAAUUUGACCUAGUUGUGAGAAGACAACUGGAUCCAGUCUGGCAUAGAGUCAGCUGGAGAACUAAACAGAUCGUCAAUGACCUGACAGUAUUGCGAGGAAUGCUUCACACUCUGCUCACGUAUGAUGCUGUCUCGUUCAAUCGACAUUUGGAUACUAUCCUUGCAGCACACUCCCCUCCUCCUGGAUCCACAAGGCAAAAUCAGUCCCCAUGGCUAUUUCUCGAUGCUGCUCAUACUAUAUUUGAUACUGCCAAGCGGAGAGUAUAUACAGGGAAAGUGGUCAAAGCCGGAGCAGAGGAUAUUGAGUCGCUUCGGCCAGUCCUAGAGGAGCAGCCUAAAUGGGCAAUUCUAACAGAGGUGCUAGAGGAAAUUGAUCGAGAUCUCUAUUUCAAUCCCGUUGUACGGGACGACUCGAACAACACCGUCUUGAUUAUGUGUACGGAUACGGCCCAAUGCCGUCAAUUACGAGAAUAUCUCCAAACUAUGCAUAUACGUCCCGGAGGCGAUGAAGCUACUGACGACGAGGAAAACGAGCAUGAACCUUCUGCGGCCUUUAUGAUGAGAAGGAAGCUCAGAAACUACUUGAAAUGGAAGAAGGAAUUCGCCAAGAUAAGCGCAUCUCUCUUUGCAGAGAACCAGACGGCUCUGGAUGGUGCCAAAAGCACAAAAAACAUUUCGAACCAAGCUUUUCGAGGGAAAGCGCCUGCGAAUAAAAGGAGAAGAGUCAGAGGUGGUGGAGCAGCUGGUUCAGGCACGUCACGUGCUUCUAACAGUCCAGGUAGUGUGCUAGCAGCAGAGGACAAACCGUUGGAGGUAGCCACUCUGAUUUCUGAGAUACGGCCCACGGAAGUAGAGGCUGCACAGAAAGAAGAAGUCGUCGCGGAUCCGUUAGAUGAUAUGGAAGACUAUUACCAGCUCUACGAUAUGCAAGAUCUCGUUUUAAUCCAUGCCUAUGACGGAGACAUGGACGAGCAUGUUCUUGAAGAAGUCAAACCGCGGUACAUAGUUAUGUACGAACCAGACACUUCUUUUGUCCGCCGGGUUGAAGUCUAUCGCUCAUCCCACAAUGACCGUAAUGUACGAGUGUACUUCCUCUAUUAUGGCGGCUCCGUGGAAGAACAACGGUAUUUAUCCUCAGUCAGGCGUGAAAAGGAUGCUUUCACCAAACUCAUCAAAGAGAAGUCUACUAUGUCGGUCGUUAUGACGCUGGAUGCGCAUGGCGUCGAAGAUCCACAAGAAGCUUUCCUCCGGACGAUCAACACUCGGAUAGCAGGCGGUGGUAGACUCGCAGCUACCGCUCAGCCCCCGCGGGUCGUAGUUGAUGUGCGGGAGUUUCGCUCUUCACUUCCUUCUCUCCUGCACGGAAGGUCUAUGGUCAUAGUUCCUUGCAUGCUCACGGUAGGGGAUUACAUCCUUUCACCUAACAUCUGCAUCGAGCGGAAGUCGAUCAAGGAUUUGAUAUCCUCCUUCAAAGAUGGCCGUCUAUACAACCAAGCGGAGACUAUGCUCCAACACUAUAAAUCACCCAUGCUGCUAAUAGAAUUCGACCAAAACAAAUCUUUCACCCUUGAACCAUUCGCUGAUCUCUCUGGCUCCCUCUCUUCGGUAUCCUCAAACGGCGCCUCGGACCUGCAAUCCAAGCUCGUGCUCCUCACGCUCGCAUUUCCAAGGCUGCGAAUAAUAUGGUCUUCUUCGCCCUAUCAAACAGCCGAGAUCUUCGAAUCCUUGAAAACCCAAGAAGCGGAGCCAGAUCCCAUCGAGGCGGUGAGGAUCGGGCUGGAAGGUGGGCAGAGAGCUGAAGAUCAAAGCUUCAACCGGGAGCCUCAAGACAUGUUACGAGUGGUGCCUGGUGUCACGAGCAAGAAUAUCAAGAAUCUGAUUAUUGAGAUGGGAAGUUUGAAGGACAUUGCCAAUGCAUCUGUUGAUGAGUUGGAGCCGAUCGUGGGGAAAGAGGCUGGGGGGCAGAUUCAUAGGUUCUUCAAUAAGAGCGUUUUCGACGAUGGAUGAGGGAAGUGGGCAACGGUAUUUUUUAGGUAUCUAGGACCUUAUAGCUUCCCAGUGUAACUAGGAGACAUGUAGGCUAGUGCGGUAAGCCGUUGGGGGAAUACGAUCAUGAAGAUCUCAGUCAAGAUGGAGAGCAUUUUAGCUGGUUACCUGCGUUAUGUGGCAAUUUCACGAUGAGUAGG